UGGAGAGGAACCGUCGCGAGUGAGUCUGAUCAUCUUCUGACAUAAGUGCUUUGAUGUGGUUUCCUGUGUAGGCGUCCAUGGAUAGGUGGCUAUGCCUGCUGUGUAUACCUUAACAAUUCUAAAGCUAAAGGUAUAAAAAUAAAUUUUAAGUUACUAUACAUGAAUAUAACUACUAUAUCUAUGUUUUGAUAUUCACUCAUUCUUGGAGUUGUCAGGAAGUAACCAGGAGGCUGAAGAGAGUUCCAUGUGCAAGUACGGAAAGCCUGUAGCUGCUCAGGCAGGCUCAAUGCCACAGAAAGUUCUCUGAGCUCUUCCAUCAAUCAACCAACCAACCAAUCAAACAACCCCUUGAAAAACUGAAGAUGUUUACCUGCAUCUCAACAGGGUCUUAUUUCAAAGAAUGGAUUAAGAGAAACUUAAUUUCUUGUUUAUUUCUAUUUAAACAACACAUAACAAUCAGAAGUCCCAAGAUUCUAGAGAACCUUAUGAGAUGUCACUUCCCAUGUUUAUACGGGUGCAGUGUCUCAUCUUUCUCAGUGGUACAUCUUUUCAGUGUAUCUUUGUGCAAAAAAGCUUUAUAUGAGUACAUUAUCUUUGGUAUUGUGUUAGAUUUUAAGUGAUGAACAUUUUCUCAAGUGAUUAAUGUCUCUGCAUUUGGUUUCCACUUUAUAUAAACAAAUCAUAUCAAAUAAGAAGCCCAUCUGUUCCGUGUAGCUAGGCAAAGAAAACCAGCCCUAAAGUCAAGAACUUAAUGUUAUCAGUUACUAAAAAACAAAACAUAAAACAUAGUGAGAGUUAAAAGAAAAAAACAAAACAAAACAAAAAACAAUUCUAGACUGAUUUGAUGUUUCCAUAUGCCUCUAGCCAAACUGGAAUAAUUGGAGAGAGCUUAUUGUACGAACAUCUGGAAAGCAAUUUAUUGAGUGGGCCUCACCAUUUAUUUUAUUUCCUUGCUCCAGCGUCCAAUAUCUUUGGGCUACAAGAGAGAGACAGAGAAAAAGAAGAUGGCUUGGUUCUAACAUUCCCUUUAAUCUAUGUACUGACUUCAGACUGGCUUCAUCCUUGGGAAUUCUUCUCUGCCGUGCUGUGCAUUCUCUGUGGGUCAAACAUAGACGUGGACAACUGUGCGGCAAUGGGAGAUGAGAGGGGCAUGACCCGGAAGCUCCUGGAAUGCAGUCUCAGUGAUAAGUUGUGUAUUAUCCGGGAGCAGCAAUAUGAGAUCAUCAUCAUCCCAGCCGUGCUGGUUGGCAUCUUCCUCAUCCUUCUCACAGUCAUCUUGUGGCUUUUUAUCAGGGGACAAAGGGCCCAACGACAGUCCCCUGGACCCCAAGGCAUUGCCGCCGUGCCUCCAUCUAGGGACCUGAACUGGGACGCAGUGGGACACGGAGGAAGUGUGUUUGUGCCACUUACGGAAACGUCAGUGGAAAGCCUCCUACGAGCCAGCACACACACCCUGGCCACGCUGCAGGUGCCCCGGGAGCAACUCUCUGAAGCUCUGGAGCAGAUCUACAGUGGUAGUGGUGGGGCCAUCUAUCGAACCAGCAUGUAUACUGGGGACCCUGCUAAGCCCAAGAGUGUUGUCCUCAAGGCUUUAAAAGAACCAGCCAGGCUCCAGGAGGUGCAGGAUUUCUUAGGGCGAAUCCAGUUCUAUGAGCACCUGGGGAAGCAUAAGAACCUGGUACAGCUGGUUGGCUGCUGCACGGAAGGGCUGCCGCUCUACAUGUUGUUGGAGGACGUGGCUCAGGGGGACCUGCUCAGCUUUCUCUGGACCUGUCGCCGGGAUGUGAUGACCAUGGAGGGCCUUCUCUAUGAUCUCACAGAAAAACAAGUCUAUCACAUUGGAAAGCAGGUCCUUUUGGCCUUGGAAUUUCUCCAGGAUAAGCACCUGUUCCAUGGGGAUGUGGCAGCCAGGAACAUCCUGAUCCAAAGUGAUCUCACUGCCAAGCUCUGUGGCCUGGGCCUGGCUUAUGAAGUGUACACCCAAGGGGCCAUAUCCUCCACUCGCACCAUACCUGUCAAGUGGCUCGCCCCGGAAUGGCUCCUGUUGAGACCAGCUGGCAUCAGAGCAGACAUGUGCGGUGUCUUCCCGUCCCCGACCAUGACUAGAUCUGUUGUCAGUUAUGUCCACAAGUGA